AUGAACUGCUACCUGCUGUUCCUAAAUACAUGUACUCUGCAAGACAGGAUCCAGUUAAAAGAAAAUUCCCGAAUCCAAGGGCAGAUGCUAGAGUCUCCGAUCAUUCCCAUUUUACAGACAAGGAAGCCGAAGCGCAGGACUCUGAAAGGCUAUCAGCGACCUACCCCGGAGGAAAAGGGUCAUAUUCAACCGUGGAUCUGGGCGCGACUUACAUUCGUUCUGGUAAAAGUGUUUUCUUCGUCCCGGCGCGUCCUCGGUCACAGCAGCACACGCCACGCGCCUGACCCCCGAGCUGGAGUCCGGGACGGGCGCCCUCCCCGGCUCGUCCCCGUGUGCAAUGUGGUCGCGCACGGGCCGGGGAGCGACAGGACCGAGGCACCAAGCCCCAGCGCCCCGCUGCUCGGACCCUCAGCGGGCGCCUGGGGCGCCUCCAGGUCCGCUCGGGUCCCCACGUGUCCUGCGAGUCGCCGAAGGGCCCCCCGCCCCCCCCCCCUCCACAGGGCCCGGCGCGAGCCCGCGCUCACCGUGGUCGCCGGGCGAAGGGACAGCGGGCGCCCCCGGCCAGCGGCGGGUCCGGUACCGAAGCCUCCGUCCGGCCUCAGCGCGCGGCGAGGAAGAACCCGCGGCCCCGGGGGCUGCCGUUCCCCGGGCUCGGGGCUGCCGGCCGGGGCUGCGCUCCUCCGGGAGGGCGGCGGGACGCUCUGUCCGCGGCGCCGGUACCCGAGGCCGCCUGGGCCCCCGCUUUCGGCCCCGGAACGGAGAAGCGCACGGCCGCGCCCACACCGACGGCCCCCGCGCCGGCCGCCCCCUCCCGUCAUCCGCGCGGCUCACGGCCGGGGCAGCCGCGGGCCCGGAGCGCCAUCGGCGCGGGGCGGGCUGCGGCCCGCGCGGUCCCCGCAGCUCCGGCGCCGCCUCCCCGCCCGCGCGCGGCUCCCUGGAGCGGCGGCACUCGGAGGACCGGGUGUCCUUCGGCCCAGCUCCGCGCCCCGGGCCCCUCCUCCCGCCGCCGCGCCCGCCGCGCACUCCUCGCGGGUUCGCGCCCCGCACCAGCAGCCGGGCCGGCGGUGGCGGACAACCGGCGCUCGGGUCCCGGGCGCGUCCUCCGCGGGCGGCGGUCAGGUGGGAGGACUCCGGGCGGGGGCGCCGGGCGGGGGCCGGGCCACCCGCGCCCGCGCUCACCCCCGCGUGCGGCUUCCUGCCCCGCGGGAAACCAGACCCCAAAGUUCCCGGAACGCGGGAGCGAGCAGCCCCCCACCCCGGCCCGCGUCUGAGCCCGCGGAGCUGCGGGCUGUGCGGGGCUCGGCCCGGGUGACCCGAGGGGCUGCCCUGAGGCCUCCGCGCGGGCCGGGCCGAGCUGGCUGCGGGGACCGUGCGGGCGCCCGGGGCUGUGCGCUCCCCGCGGCCUUCCUGGUGACGGCUUGGAGGGCGGUCGAGGCUUCGCCCAACCCGCGGGGCCCCUAGCACUCACCGCUCGCAGGGGCGCCGGGGCUCGGCGCUGCCCCCCGCUCGCCCGGGACGGUGCGGAGCCUGGUUCAAGAGCCCGCGGCUGCUCGCGCUCCGCUCGGGAGACACUCAGAACCGGGUUCGGGUUCGCUUCUCAGAACACAGCACCUCGGCGCAAACACGUCUCCCGCUCCUCCGACCGCGGAUGUCUCCCGCGACGGGCCAUGGGCCGGCGGUGUCCUCCCGCACUGGCCCGCAGGCGGCCGACUCUGAGAGGCGGUAGCAGGGACCGCGGUUCCGGUGCGUUGCAAGGCGCGCUGCUCGGCGGGGUCCGCGCCCGGGGACACCCUGGGGGCCUCUCGGACCCCGCGGCUGCACGACGUCGAGAACGAGCCGAACCACCCCCACGAUCCGGACACCACCCGACCGCCAGCUCUUGGGACGCACACGAGCAUCCCUGCGCCGCCAGACCGCGGAGCCCUUGACGGCAAAGAUCAGACAAAGUCUACGCAGCACCUGCCGGAUUUCAGACGAGCCGCGCUUUCUUAUUUAUUGCUUAAUUAACUACGGUGACUGAGCUGUACAAUACGGGAGCCCCCAAAUGUGACUUUCCGUCGUGAGAACGUGACUAGUAGAACUGGAGCGGGUGGGAAUACACCUACACUGAUGCGUCGGGCAAGCAUCCCAUUUUAAUAUAUGCAAACUGAUGACACUAAUACCAGCAAAUACUUAAGUUCUACAUAUUCCGGGCGUAUCAUGCUGACUAAUUAGGGUCAAAAGCAAGGAGCCACCUUUAGGCCUGCUUCUCACGGACAGCAUCUCGUCGCUUGCUCUCCUGCUUUCCCGGCACUAAGCCGUUACCAGCCUCGUGCUGGACUGAUCCAUGAGGCCUCUGGGUUCCCUGCCCAGAGAGCAGUGUCAGCCCUUGAUGUGCUCCAGGCGAGAGAAGAGAAAUUCAGAAAUUUGUGUUUUCCUUCCCAGUUACAGAGAAGAGGCGGGCAAGGAAACUGCCCUGGACCCCACUAGAAGAGAAUGACGCACACAGGCGUCCUUUCACUCGGUUCGGAGACUCACGGGAUCGUCCUUGCCAAGGGUCAGCUGUCCCCUGCUCCAUUGGCCUCAAGAAUGAAUGAGCCCACGCGGGAGCGGCCUUGCUGGGCCUCCUGGCCCCAGUUCUACAUUCUGAGUUUUGGUACUGUG